CCCGAGCGCUUGUACAGUAAAAUGUUACCACGGUCAACUGCAAAACUUGACGCGUGACGUCACGAGACUCUCACCUCAUACCAUCGAUGUCCUUGGUGGAAGCAGCAGCAGCAGCUAGCGAAGCAGACUGUGCAUUCAAGAAUAUCCCAAUCAUAGACCUCAGUAAUAUCUCCAGUCCCGAUCCUGCCGUCCGAAGAGGCCUAGCAGACGAAGUUCGAGAUGCAUGUAUGAAUGUGGGCUUUUUCUAUGGUACGUUUUUUUUGUUUUGUUUUUUUUUUGGUUUAUCGAUCGAAGUUUGGAUAUGAAUGAAUACCAUCCGUUUUGGUCUUACCUUCCAUCUCGGGGGAACCAUUGACAUACCACGGUAGUGAAGAACCAUGGCGUACCAGACCGUGUCAUUGAUUCAGCCCUCUCCAAUGCAAAAUACUUCUUCGGUCUCCCUAUGGAGCUCAAAAUGAAGAUCGAAAACAAAACAACCCCAAAUUGGAAAGGCUACUCUCCUUUGCUCAGCGGGAACAACGAUCCGAACGGGAAGGGAGAUCUUCAAGAGGGGUUUGAGUUUGGUUGGGAAUCACCACCACUGGAACGUGAAGGAGACUCGGAAGGGAAAGCGAAUGGGGUCACGGUAUUAGAUGGUAAGAACGUGUGGCCGUUUGAGGUACCUGGGUUUCGAGUGGCGGCGGUGGAGUACUACCACGCCCUAGUCAACCUUGGGAAACUCCUUUUCCCAAUAUUCGCUUUGGCUCUUGACAUUGACGAAACGUUUUUUGACGAUAAGACGAAAACGUCAGCUGCUCUGAUGCGUAUCAUUCACUACCCUGAUCAAACGGGACCGACGGAUGAAGGUGUUAUCGGGAUUGGAGCUCAUACUGAUUGGGAGUGCUUCACGAUCUUAUGGCAAGAACCGAACAUCCAAGCUCUUCAAGUGCUUAAUGCGGAUAAGGAGUGGAUAGAUAUUCCGCCUAUUACUGGCACAUUCGUCGUCAACCUUGGUGAUCAAUUUGCUCGAUGGACAAAUGAUAUAUUCAAAUCGACCGUCCAUCGAGUGAUUAACCGAUCUGGACGUAGGAGGUUUUCGACUCCGUUAUUUUUUGGGACGGAUUAUGGGGUUCGGUUGGAGCCGAUUCCGAGUUGUAUCUCCCCUGACCGACCAUUGAAGUAUGAGGUGGUUACGGCUGGGGAGUAUGUAAAGGCGAAGUUGGAGGCGACGUAUGGGCGGUGAAUUGUAAAAUUUAACUGAGUAGGAUUGUUGGGGUGCCGGUGUACUUGACGGGUUUUUCCCUUUUUUUUUGCUUGUAUGUUGUUGUUAAACUCCUGGCAUGAGUCUGAGUCUGAAUCUGAAUGGCCGGA